UAUAACUUUUGCAAUUUCUUUCUGUUCGGUUACCUUUUUAAAAACUGACGAGACGUGAAAGAGGAUGUAAAACGAUGAUUACGAGAUUUUAGUUGUAUUAGUGAGAGUAGUUGCAUGGUGUACACACAGAUGUGUAGUUUUGUGGUAUGGUGGCAGAAAAAAUAUUGUCUUAAUCUAAUGUGAAUCAAGUACUACGAACAGACUAUAUGGAGAACUCUGGGCUAAAAGACCCGGAAUAAUUAGGGUAUUAUAAAACAGCUGAUUCUGGGUUUUUUUUGCCGUCUCUGAUUAUAUGUGCUUCACACGUGCAAAGUUAGACAUAAAAAUAAACGAUACCCUCUCAGUAAACACGAUGCUCUGCAAUGUGUUAACGUGAAAAGAGGCUGAAGAGACCAUUUGAACAUCAAAAAUGUCUUCAGCCUCUGGUAUUCUUGAAGAUGAACCUGGCACUCUGUUGUUUUCUGAGCUCGAUGAUGAGAACUUUACCAACAAAACUCCAAAUAUCUCAAAAGCCCCAAAUGAAGCUAGCUUACGUAAAAUGUUUCCAUACGCAAAGAAAAGGGCAUUUGCCACUUUUGUGGACUCGAAGAAAGUUUCAGCAUCUGGUUCAGAUUCGCGUUCUGCUCAGUCAGACAAGCACUGGCAGUGUUGCGACCAAACCUUCAAGGAUCCUGCUUCCAUCCACAAGCACGUUGCCAGGGCACAUGAUUUGGAGAUUCAGGAACACACAAAGGCCAUACUGACGCUCCUGGGGAGCAGAGGCAAUGUGAAAGAGUGCAACACGUCAGCCCAGCCUGCGGCAGAGGAGGCAGUGGAAGUAAUGGACAUGCAGCUCUGGCUUCCGGACAUCAGUUACUUAAACGAGGCAGAGCUUGAUGGGGGACCAGGUGAAGUGCUGCUGUAUUACUGCUAUUGCGAAGUGGAGGGACCCCACCUAAUCUGUGCUUGGCAGAAGGCACUGUGCCAAAAAUUGCACCUAAAAGGCAAGAUUCGAGUUGCCACAGAAGGAAUUAAUGGAACAGUAGGAGGCAGCAAAGUGGCUACCGGAUUAUAUAUUAAGGCAAUGCUUUCCCACCCAGUGUUCAAAAUCAUGUGCCUGGAUGAUUUCAAGACCAGUGAGGGUGGGGCUCACUGCUUCCCGGACCUGAAGGUGGGAGUGUUUAAAGAAAUAGUCCCCAUGGGGGUGGACCCAGACAUACUCUCUUAUAGGCUUGCCGGAACCCACUUAGAACCAAAGGAGUUUCACAAGGAAGUCGAAGCUUUUUUAUCUAAAUAUGAAUCUUGCAAUGACACGAUUUUGUUGGACUGCAGGAACUUUUAUGAGAGCAAAAUAGGUCAGUUCACUAAAUGCCUAGCCCCAGAUAUUCGAAAAUUCAGCUAUUUUCCAGAUUAUGUGGACAAGAACCUGGAGCUCUUCAGGGGUAAGAAGGUGCUGAUGUACUGCACUGGGGGUAUCCGCUGUGAGCGAGGUUCUGCCUAUCUCCGCUCGAAGGAUGUGUGUAAGGAAAUUUACCAGUUGAAAGGUGGCAUUCAUAAGUAUUUGGAGCACUUCCCAGAGGGUUUCUACCAUGGAAAGCUUUUUGUGUUUGAUGAGCGCUAUGCUAUUGCCACUGGCAGUGACAUCAUCUCAGAAUGCAGGUACUGUGGCACACCAUGGGACCAGUAUCAGUUGUGCUCCACACGCUUCUGCUGUCAGCUUGUCUUGUCAUGCCCGGCCUGUCGCCAGCAAGGCCAUACAGCCUGCUGCUCUGUCUGCCAGGGCAAGGACUGGAGACAGGGAGAGCCUGAGGAGAGAGCGCUUUCAGACCAUCGGCUGAAGGAGGAGUGUGAGUGCACAGACAGACGUCCACGAGUUCCCUGUGAUGCACUUUGACAGGCCUGCCUUCAGACCCAAGAAGCUCAAACUAAUCCAGAGUACAGAGAUAUCAAGAAAUACCACACCUCAAAAUCUAGAAGAAAAAUCCAAGAAAGAACUAGACCAUUACCUGUUUGUGGCCACAAAGAACACCAAUCCAUCAGAAAUAGACUGUAUCUUAUUUAAAUGGUAAUGCAUGCCAGACGAAACUUCUCUCCAUGACAGUAGAGUUUUUAAAAUAAGCUAAACUAGGUGAAACUGUUUUAUCUCUUUUCUUGAUGAAAGCCAGUCAGUUGUACUAAUUGGGCUUCUGUCUGAUGAAGUUAAUAAUUUUACAAGCUAAUAAUUAAAUGAAUUAUUUUACACACAA